UUUAGAAAUCCGUGUAAAUAUUGGACAAACCAAUAUAUAGAUAAUCUGUGUGGGUGAAAAAUCUCCUUUUCCCGUGGAAAAGUAGGAAAAUUUUCUUUCCAAAACAACUUUUGUGCUUAAAAAGUUUUCCAGAGUACUUAAGAAAUUGAAGAAAAGAAAAUCUUUCUGCGGGGAAAAUUUUUGGGAGGAAAUGAAAAAGAGAUUGUAACCAAACCAUCUGUCAGGGAAAAUUGUGAAGAAGAGAAAAAUCUUCCAGGAUGUUUUCGGCCUUUAAGAAACUCACCAAUAAGGCUGAUGCCCCAGUGGGGCUCCCUGAGACUGCUGGACACACAAUGGCGGGAUCGCUGCAGAAGAAAUUUGCCCGGGGUGUUCAGUACAACAUGAAAAUAAUCAUAAAAGGAGAUCGAAAUGUGGGGAAAAGUUGUUUGCUGGAACGCCUCCAGGGACGGAGUUUCUUGGAGACGUACACACCGACUGAGCAGAUUCAGGUGGCAUCAAUUCAGUGGAGCUUCAAAGCCACGGAGGAUGUGGUGAAGGUUGAGGUGUGGGAUGUUGUGGAUCGUGGGAAGGCACGAGCACGACAGACAACCCUCAAAUUGGCCACAAAUGCCCUUCCGGCUGAGACACCAGCCCUCGAUGCGGAAUUCCUGGAUGUCUACAAGGGCACCCAUGGGGUUGUCCUCAUGAUGGACAUCACCAAGGCGUGGACCUUUGAGUACGUUUCGCGGGAACUGCCCAAGAUCCCGCCGGAGAUUCCCGUUCUCGUCCUGGGCAAUCACUGUGACAUGAAUCACCAUCGUGUGGUGUCUUCGGGUCAGGCAGUUGCUCUCAUUGAAGGCUUCCAGUCCACACGCCCCGGCGAAGUGCUCUACGGCGAAAGUUCCAUGCGCAAUGGCUUCGGCUUGCGGCUCCUGCACAAAUUCCUCGGGCUGCCCUUCCUCAAACUCCAACGGGACACACUGAUGGCGCAACUUGAGCGCAAUCGUCGUGAUGCGGAUAUUUGUGGGUUUGAAAUUGCGGAAUUCCUCAAAUCUGGGGAUUCGGACUACAAUCAAUUCCUCGAUCAACUUGUCAGCCGACGCAGGCAAAUUGCAGACUCCAAACCACCGGAAAUUCGUCCCACAAAGAGUAUCAUUGUCGGUGGGGGGCAACCAAUUGUCAUUCCGGGUGCGCAGGUGUUGGCGCCGGAGAAGAAGCCACAGCGGAAUCUCGCCGCGACGCUGGUAGCGGAUGUGGGGCAAUUGAGUGUGAAUGACGUGGAGAAGAUAAGCAGCGUGGAGGAUUUCUGCCCUGAAGGUGGUGGUGGGUUGGACAAGGAUUUCUUCGAUGAUUGCCCCGUAACGCCAACGGCUAAAGCCAACAUCCGCAUUGGCGGUGGUGGAAAUGAGUCUGACAGUGACAACGAAGGCGGGAAUCCUCAGGUUGCUCGUUUUGAGGAUGAAUUGGCCGAUGAGGACGAUGAGGAGGAUGUCGUGGUGAUGGUGAAGAAAGCCCCCACGGAGGGAGCUCCACAGGAACCCCCUUCAGCAGCAUCCAGCGACGAACUCGACACAUUACCAACAAAACCAGCAAAGAAAGCUCCUCAGGAUGAUUCAGACUUUGAUUCGUGGAUUAUGGAUUCGAGUGUACAGCACCGGAGAUCUCCGGAAGGUGGCGAAGAUUCCGCCACAACAGCCAGCAUUCACCAAGAUGUCCCACUGGAUGGGGAAGCAGAGCCGGGGGAAAGGAGGAAGUCGCAGAAGAAGAAGAAGGAGAAGAAAGACAAGAAGGAGCGUGAGAAGAAGAAGAAGCGCAAAUCACGAGAUUUGGAGGAGAUUCAACCAGCUGCCGAUGGUUAUGAAUGCAUUUAAACGCCCAAAUUCUCAUCCCUUCCUCUCCACUAAAAGAGAUUUUGUUGAUUUAUUAUUUUUUUUAUUAUUAUAAUUUAAUCCUGAUUUUAUUAACCCUGAGAUUCCAAUCCAACGACAUUUUUUUUACGUUAAAUAAACAAUUUUUUAUUUUAUUUUAAA